AUGGGAGGCUGCCAAUCCAAUGUAGUAUAUCAGGAGAUUGAACCCUUCAUUGCCAUGUGGGUGUUGAAGGUUUCAGACUUUGUCAAAAUGCAGCUGCCAUUGCCAAAGCAUGAAGAGUUGGCAGAAAUGGGCUUGUUGCAUCGGCGAGUCGUGUCUCACUAUUGCAUUUUUGUCUCCCAUCAAUGGCUUUCCACAAUGCACCCAGAUCCCGAAGGGGAUCAGCUGAGAGUUUUACAGCGUUCUCUCGUGGAGAUUUGCGAAGGCAGAAUCACAGUGACAAACGAUGCAGCUUCGCAGUUUUUUGGAGAGGUGAAGACUCUCUCAAACUCACAGCGGGCGAAGAUUCGGGAUGCCGUUCUUUGGAUCGACUGGGCCAGCAUUCCUCAAGUAGAAACCUUCCGUGACGAAGACGAGGAUGAUGAAGUCAGUCUCGAAAAGCGUCAACGUGCGACUCGCACAUUUGUCUACCGGAGCCCAGCAAGACCGAGACGACUUUCAGAGCAGGAAGAAUUCAUCUUGUCUCUACCCUCUUUCGUUCAGGCGAGCCAAGUGUUUGUGGCCUUGGUGCCACCGCUACGACACCAUGACACCGGAGAAAUGUGUAAUCAUGCCAGCUGGAUCACAAGAGGAUGGUGCAGAACUGAGCUGUUUUGCAACAUGAUGUUGGGCAACCAGGACAUGCCGAAUGUCAUCGUGACAGCCUCUGAUGUCGCUCAUUUUGCAAGACCCGUGAACUGGGUGGACUGCUUGCCCCACGAAGGAGAAUUUUCAUACCCUGGCGACAAACCAGUGGUAAAAAGUAUUUUCGAGCAAGCAUUGUCCCAUCAACUACGCUGGCUUGAAGGUGAAGGGCAUAUGGACCUCUAUCGCUAUUUUCUGGCACGGCGGGAGGUGAUGUGCGGAAUACGUCCUGUGCGAAGAACAAUUGAGCAAUUUCUCGAAGACUUUGGCUACGAGUCCCUGAAGAAGAGCAAAGCAUCAAGCCUUGGCCCUGUUGUUUGUGCUGCUCUUGCAGGGGAUGCUGAGUUGCUAAAAUCGCUUCUGGAGGCCUGUUGUCCUGUGGACAAGCCUGUGAAAGGAAUGCCAGAAAUCGGGGUUGUCCGAGGCUUGACACCUUUACACUUGACAGCUCUGCAAGGGUGGCGUUCUCCCAAGGUGCUAGAACUCCUCCUGGAAGCCCGCAGUGAUCCCAAUCUUAGUGCAUCAGGAGUUCCUCCUUUGGCAUGUUGUCGGACUGCCAGGGAUGUCCAGAUUCUGCUCAAUUUUAGGGCAGAUUUGAAUGGACAGUAUGCACCGCUCCAUGUUUCCCCUCUUGCUUUGGCAAGUGGAGAGCCCACCAAGCCAGAGGUCAUUGCCAAGCUCUUGGAGUCUCGUGCCAGUCCAAAUGGUCCAUUGCGUGCUCGUGGUCUUAGCUUCCCUCAUGCGCUGUGCUUUGUUGCGAUGAAUGCGACUUCGAAUCCACAUGCCUUGUCGAUAGCAAAACUGCUUGUGGAAGCAGAAGCUGACAUAAACGCGCAGUCCACAGCUGGUGGGAUCUUCCGCGCUGCUGAACUCUUCAGCAGGGCAUAUUUGCAGUUUGGAAGACCUAGCUCAAUAUUGAUGGUGGGCAUGGCUGAGCAGACUACGACUGUCCUUGGGUUUGCAUGCUUGUUCAGCGCCACAGAGCUUGUUGAAUUCCUGCUCAAUGCCAAAGGCGAUCUGCACGUGAAAAAAUUCUCGUGGCCAUCGUCCAAUAGACUUGAUACGGUCCCGGGAUAUUUUGCGGGUGGUUCGCGAUUGCGAAGCGUUACAAGCAGAAGACUGGAGACCCGAGAAUUGGGAAGCACCCAAGGAAGAUCACAGCGCAGGUACAACGCUGCUUACGUCUACUUCUUAUCACGCAUCUCCUUUGCAAACUGUAUCUCUGCGAACAUCGUCCUGCUCUUCUCAGAGCUCUGA